UACGGGUGGGAAAACAAAUGCUCUUCGUCCUCCUUCUUCUUGUUGUUCUUCAGCACGGUCUAAGUGGUUCUCCAUGCGGUGGAGGUCAUGCGGGGAAGCCCCAGCUCUGCGUGGCGUUUUUACGAGGCUGAUGGUUACAUGAUCGCCGCUUACAGCCGCUCAUAAAUGACAUCUUUAUAGGGUUUUCCUCUGGCACGGACAGAGACCCGCGGGUAAACAACCAUGAGUGCUAUUUCCAGACCGCGACACCGCGGGGCAGCAGCAGCAGCAGCGCUGCCCGUCCCUCCUCCGGACUCCAGCAGCGCGCCUUUCCCCGCUCCAGCGAGGCUCCUGAAGCACAUUAGGUAUGAGAACCUGGCCGCUGGGCUGAGCGGGGGCGUCAUAGCCACCAUGGUGCUUCACCCUCUCGAUCUGGUCAAGAUCCGCUUUGCAGUCAGUGAUGGGCUGAAGGUCAGGCCGCAGUAUGAAGGCAUGCUGCACUGUAUGAAGAGUAUCUGGCAGAUGGAGGGGAUCAGGGGUCUCUACCAGGGCGUCACCCCCAACAUCUGGGGUGCCGGAACCUCCUGGGGGCUUUACUUCCUGUUUUAUAAUGCGAUUAAAGCGUACACUCAGGAGGGACGUCAGGACGAGCUGAGUGCGCUGGAGCACCUGGUGUCUGCGGCAGAGGCAGGCAUUCUGACGCUUUGCCUGACCAACCCGGUCUGGGUGACAAAGACCCGGCUGGUGCUGCAGUACAAUGCAGAGCCGGACGGGAAGCAGUACAAGGGAAUGCUGGACGCCCUCGUGAAAAUAUACCGUCACGAGGGUAUCCCGGGAUUAUACAGGGGCUUUUUGCCGGGACUUGUGGGAACUACUCAAGCUGCUUUGCAGUUCAUGACUUACGAAGGUCUGAAGAGAGAACAGAACAGAUAUAAGGAGAUGCCUUCAGAAGCCCUGCUGUCUCCUCUGGAAUAUAUCGUCAUGGCAGCCGUCUCCAAAAUAGUUGCCGUGGCAGCAACCUACCCGUACCAGGUGGUGCGAGCACGACUUCAGGACCAGCACAACAAUUAUAGCGGCAUAGCGGACGUCAUCAGGAGAACAUGGAGGAACGAGGGAGUUGAGGGCUUUUACAAAGGCAUGGUGCCCAACCUGGUGCGAGUCAUUCCAGCCUGCUGCAUCACUUUCCUCGUCUAUGAGAACGUCUCACGCCUUCUUCUGGGACAGUACCACUGAACCUCACACGCAGCAGCUCAGCCAAAAACAGCCCAACACAGCGUCGCAGCAUACGUGUGUGUGUGUUAGGGAAAAUCAGGAUGGUGCAGCAGUCACAGAACCCAACAACUCCAAUAUGUUUAGCAUGUGCGCACAAAAUAAGGUGCAUGCACUGGAGGAGAGAGCUGGGUAGCUUUUAUCUCCUAUCGCGCUUAACUUCGCUCUCACCUACAGGGACAUUCAGGUCAACAGUCGGGACGGAGAAGUGUGCCCACGUUGUCUCGCACGUUUGUGGAUAUUAGACUAGUGCAGAGAAUUGAGUGUGUAAACAUAAACGUGCUAAGAGGAAUUAAAAGAUCAGGUUGGGUAAAAAUAGAAUUAUAGCCAUUAAAUCAUGAAGCUACACUGAAAACAAGUAAUUGAGUUUAAUUGAUUCAGAGGUGUUCAUCGUUUUCACAUGAAUACAGUUUAUUGCAUAAACACUGUUCAGUUUACUUUCUUGUUAAUGUGAUAUUUUAUUUCUGUGCAAAUGACAAACUCAUUCCAAUCAGGUAAAUUCACUUUCUCAGUGCUAUUGGGACAGGAUUAGUUCUACAUGGGGUGUUAUGUAAUUAUUAGUGAUUCUGAUUUUAAUACCGUCCAAAUCCGCCAUAUCAAAAUUUUCUGAACCACAUGCUUCUGCAUCAGUAAAGUAAUCCUGAGCUAUAAAACAAAGCCAUAGAAAUAAUCUCGGAUAUGUUAAUCCCAUUGCUAUAAAAUGCAGAAUAAAAAUAAUCUCAGGUCAUAUUAAUUCAAUGUUAUAAAACAAGUUGCAGAAAUAUUCCCAGGUUAUAUUAAACUCAUGCACCACAGAAAUACAACCCAGUUAUGGUAAUCCAGGCUAUAAAACGAACCACGAACGAAUCCUCCACCUUUAAACUAACCAUAGAAAUAAACCCCGGUUAGGUUAGUCCUGUGCCACAAAAAUAAUCUCAGGUUAUGUUAAUCCCGCUCCAUAAAACUACCUAAAGAAAUAAACCUUUGUUAUGUUAAUCACACACAAACUACAGAAAUAAAUCCCGUUCAUGGGAAUCUCGUGCUAUAAAACUAACCAUAGAAAUAAACCCUAGUUAUGUUAAUCCCAUACUAUAAAACAAACCCUAGAAAUAAUCCCUAGUUAUGUUAAUCCCAUACAAUAAAAUGAGCCGCAGAAAUAAUCCCAGAUAAUCCCAGAUCAUGUUAAUCCAGCACUAUAACACAAACCCUAGAAAUAAUCCCUAGUUAUGUUAAUCCCAUACAAUAAAAUGAGCCGCAGAAAUAAUCCCAGAUCACGUUAAUCCAGCACUAUAACACAAACCAUAGAAAUAAUCCCUAGUUAUGUUAAUCUCAUACAAUAAAAUGAGCCGCAGAAAUAAUCCCAGAUCAUGUUAAUCCAGCACUAUAACACAAACCAUAGGAAUAAUCCCCAGUAUGCUAAUCCCAUGCUAUAAAAUGAGCCACAGAAAUAUAACAGUUUAUAUUAAUCCUGUGCUGCAAAAUGUCGAAAGAAUUGCAGGUUAUGUUAAUCCUGUGCUAUAAAACAAGCUGCAGAUAUAAUGCCAGGUUAUGGGAUGGGGGUGGUUGGUUAGUGUAGUGGGUAACACCUCUGCCUUCUACACUGUAGACUGGGGGUUCAAUCCCCACCUGGGCAAACACCCUACACUAUACCAAUAAGAGUCCUUGGGCAAGACUCCUAACACCACCUUGGCCUCCCUGUGUAAAAUGAUCAAAUUGUAAGUCGCUCUGGAUAAGAGCGUCAGCCGAAUGCCGUAAAUGUAAAUGUAAGGUUACAUUAAUCCCAUGCUAUAGAAUAGAAACAGUCCCAGGUUAUAUCUUUUGUGUAUAACUCCAGGUUAUAUUAAAAUCUGGCAAAUACUGUAUCCCAUCCUAUGGAAAAUGAGUUUUUGCGUUUUUUCCUAAGCAUGGAGGCAAUCGAAGAAAUCUGUGGCCAAAAUCAAACCGAGAUGUUCUGCUGUUUCGACAUGUUCUCCAAACUUUAGAAUGUGUAAGAUGACAGCAGUUUUUUUGACGCUCUAAUGACUGUUGGCUGAAAAUCCAGCCAGUGACGCACUGUUUUCACUUAAAACAGCCGGACAGAUGGUUAUGAUUCGGUUAAAUGUUCGGACACGUCUUCUGCUCGUAAGAGCUGAACGUAUCGGUGUGAAGGCGCUCGAGUAGCUGCUCUGAUCUCUGAAAUUUCGUCCUGUGUGAAUUGUUCGCAAACAUGACUAACAUCCUGUGGUGAAGUGACGUCACCCCACCUCCUCGCAGAAAACUACUACCGUCCCAAUAGUGCUUAUGUCACCGCCUGAUUAUAAGAGCACGCUGUUCCUGUACAUGAGCGGUGUCUGUAUUCAUGUAUUUCUGUCUUGCCUCACAUGAUGAGUGUUGUGAAGUAAGUCCAGCGUGAGAAGAUUACAGGCUGUCUGUGCUGUGUUUGUGAACUAGGGUUGAACCCGUUGACCCCUCCACGAUGACUGUGAGUGAUUUCCACCCCAAAGCUGGGCCAUGGUUUGGCUUGCUGAGCACGCUCAGUGGAUAGGCACAAAGCUGGAAGCGAAGCAACGGCGAGGAACGGAUGGAGACCCUGCAGGGGAAGGAAGAGUCUGUAUACAAACCAAAUGCAUCUGGAUUACGCACAAGGAAACGGAGAGGGAGUUUUUGGCCCCUAGGAAGUCUACAGUAAUUAUUUAGACUUGGUAUCAUUGUCCUUUUGAGACAUUAAAUGCUGUGUAAUUAUGUUAAUGAAUGCAUAGCUGCAUAUUUGAUUACAUUUACAUUAAAAAGCUCUUUAAAAGCAAUUAUGUAAUUCCGUAUAUAAUGAAGCAGGUUUUCUUUCACUCGACAGCUUCCAGUCUGGACUUGUGGCUUUUUUUUUCAGCAUCAAAAAAUGACAAAAACAGCGAAAAUGUAAAGGAUCUGCAAAAUAUCUCCUUUACUUACUCACGCAAAUGUGAUACACUCUAAAAAGAUGGUUCCUCAAGGGUUCUGUAGUGAAAACUGUGGUUCUGUGUAAAAUCGUGAACACUCGAGAGAACCGUUAGCAUGCCUCAGUGGUCCUCUGCAUGCUGAAAGAGGAUGCCAUGUAUAUGGUUCUGUGUAGAACCUUUUUGGAAAUGGUCCUGAAUGGCACCAAAAAGGGUUCCGCUGUUGUUUACAAGCUUUGCACUGUAACAGUACCAGAACCCUUUUUGGUGCGGUAUAGAACACGUUCUCCAUCAGUGUGAAGAACCAUGCAGAGACGCAUUUACGCAUGAAAAUGGUUCUUAGGAUGCUCAUGGUUCUGUGCGGAACCAUUGUCUUUAAUUAAACCCCUCAAAGGGCCGUCUUUUUUUAAGAGAUUAUGGGUUGAAGGUUUAGAAUCUGAGCUUUCCAGUUUCUCCACCUGCUUCAGUGGCCGAUGUGUUAAAUAAUGAAUAUGUUGAUAACUAAUACUGAGACUUCUGGGGGUUAAAACAGGUUGAGAGUCGACCGUAUGGGUUGUGUUGGGAUGAGACAGAGAUUUAUCUGUAUAAAAAAACAUUUAAAAUGCUAUUUUGAGAGGCAGACAGUGUAAGCCCCGCCCCUCACCGCACGCUACUAUUUCUUCAGUGGCAUUACGUAUAUAGACGUGUGCUCCUUCUGUACGCCGUGUUAAUCCAGCGUGUGUUUUAGUCUGUUCGCUUUUGUGUGUAUAAGUAGGUGUUUUCUAGCCAUAUUGGCUCCUAUCAGCUUGUCGGAUUAAACUUUGUGUCUUGAUCAAUGCAAAAAUCAAACUCAGGAGAGCUGAAAUAUAUAUACAUGUAAUUUUUACACGAUUAAUAAAAGAGCGAAAAGGCA